AUGACAGCGCCCGCCCGUGUCAGGGGGGGUGCGGCCCGCUCUGGCCCUGGCGAGGCGCAGCCCAAUCCGGCCACAUACUUGCUCCCACCCUCUCUCCCACCUACACCUACACCUACACCUACAUACACAUACACAUACACGUCCACGAAAAGCAGUGCACCGCCCACCUCGUCCCAAGCAAUCCAAUCCAACUCAAUCGUAUUGAAUGCUUGGCCGCGAGUAGCGGGCCAUCGAGGUGUGGCCAUGAUGGGCCUGUGCUUAUUGUGGAGCAUGUGCUUGGAAGAAGAAGACAACGAAGAAGAUGAAGAAGCCGGCCGCGAACAGGCGGGACAAAUCAAGGCGGCGGUGCAGGAAACGGUUGGCAUGCUGGAUGCGGCCAUGCAGAGCGCAGAGCAAGCAGACGUGGUGGAGACUUGGAGGCGGGAAAAACAGGAUUUGGUUGCGCGGCAGCCAGGAUUUGGGGACAUGUUCGGGGAGUGUGUGGAGCAGGCAGAGGUGUAG